AUGAAUGUAGAAUUGGUACCAUGUACAAUUGAUCCAUGUAAACGUGGUCGUUGUAUAUCAACAGAUAACAUCACUUAUGAAUGUGAAUGUCAACCAGGAUGGCGUGGUGAUCAUUGUGAAGAGAAUGAUAUUGAUUAUUGCUUAAUCAAUACAUGUUUAAAUGGUGGAACAUGUCAAGAUUUAGAUGGUCCUGGUUUCCAAUGUGUAUGUCCAUCUGGUUUUAAAGGAUCUAAUUGUCAAUUAAGAUCAGCAUGUAGUAAUUCACAAUGUGUUCAUGCAGUCAAUUGUAAACAAUUAAUACAACCAGUAAAUGGAAUUGAUUAUGAAUGUAUGUGUCAACCUGGUUGGACAGGACAAUUUUGUGAUGAAAUGGAUUAUUCUAGAAAACAACAAAAUAUCAUAGAAGUAACACUCAGUUCAUUGAAUGAUCAAAUCCGAAUUGGUUCAGAUGGUAGAGAAUAUUCAUUUAUUCGUGAAUUAGCUAGAAAUUUAUCUGAAGAAGCUUAUUUAGCUGCAUCAAUUAAUUUAAAAUUACGUAAAGACAAUUUAAAAUUAUCCAAUAAUGGAAGUGACAAUAAUAAUGAAUAUGCCAAUAAUGACAGUAACCAUGAUGAUGAUGAUGAUGAUGAUGAGGAGGAGGAGGAGGAGGAGGAGGAAGAGGAGGGUAUACCGUUACCACCGAUGUCUAUGAUUUUAAGCACUGAUCAAUUGGAUCAUUAUUGGCAUCGAGUUUUACUUGGUAUAAUUGAAAUUCAAGUUGAUACAGUAGUUGUAAAUCAAAAUGAUUUUGGUUCACGUUUAUUGGUCCCUAUAAUAUGUGCUACAAUCUUAUUGAUUGCACUAAUCUGUAUCUUCAUUAUAUGUUGUUAUUCACAAAGAAAACGCCGUGAACUCCUUAUGAAAUAUGCAACAACAACAACAAUAGCGCCUAAUAAUGAACCAUCAUCAGACUUAAUUCAAAAUUUAUCAGACAGUAAUAAUCAUUCAAUGAAUGUAACUAAUCCAAUCAAUAUAACAUCGAUUCAUCAAAAUUACCCUUCAUAUCAUCCACAAUUCAUAUGUGAAUCAACAUUACUGUCGAAAAGAUUUUUAUCACCACAAUUUCAUCAUAAACUAAAUGGAAGGAGAGUAUUAGCUCAUAAUGAUAAUGAUAAUAUCACCAGUAAUAUUCCACAAGGAGUCUGUACAGUCAAUACAAAUCAAGUAAAUAUGAAUAAAUACAGUGGACCAGUUAUGAUUUAA